AUGACCAUCAACCCUGGAACCGUCCUUCCUCUUGCCUUCACCUCCUAUGUUCUUUACAAGGCCAUGUCUCCCUCGGAUAUGAGCCGCGAGAUUACCUGGCAGGACUUCCGCUCAACUUUCCUGGACAGAGGACUCGUUGAUCGACUCGUUGUGUUGAACAGAAACAGAGUCAGAGUUUACCUGCGUCAGGGUGGUUCUUCUGGAACAUUGAAUCAGCCCCAUGUCACAACAUACACAUUCAGUAUCGGAUCAGUUGAAGCCUUUGAGCGCAAACUUGAUGAGGCUCAAUCUGAAUUGGGUAUCCCCGGCUCUGAGCGCAUCCCUGUCUCGUACAAGGAUGAGGUCAGUGUGUUAGGAACUCUGAUUCAUUUUGCACCCACGCUACUCUUGGUCGGAGUGCUCAUCUACAUGGGUAGAAAGGGUCCGGGAGGUAGUGGUUCCGGCAUCUUUGGAGUAGGUAAAUCGAAGGCAAAGCUUUUCAACCGUGAGACUGAUAUCAGCGUCAAGUUCAAAGAUGUUGCUGGCAUGGACGAAGCCAAGACCGAGAUUAUGGAGUUUGUAAACUUUUUGAAAAAUCCAGCUGCAUAUCAGAAACUCGGGGCCAAAAUCCCCAAGGGAGCCAUUCUUAGUGGACCUCCUGGAACAGGAAAGACGUUGCUUGCGAAAGCGACUGCAGGCGAGGCUGGUGUUCCGUUUUUGAGCGUCUCUGGAUCAGAAUUUGUGGAGAUGUUUGUUGGUGUUGGAGCCUCACGUGUUCGUGAUUUGUUUGCGAGUGCAAAGAAGAAUGCCCCUUGCAUUAUCUUUGUUGACGAGAUUGAUGCAAUUGGAAAGGCUCGUGGUAAGGGCAAUCAGUUUGGAGGCAAUGACGAGCGUGAGAGUACGCUUAAUCAGCUCCUUGUUGAGAUGGACGGUUUCGGAUCGAAUGAGCAAGUUGUUGUCCUGGCUGGAACGAACCGUCCAGAUGUGCUUGAUGAUGCCUUGAUGAGACCAGGCCGUUUUGAUCGUCAUAUUGCCAUUGAUCGACCUGAUAUCAAGGGUCGACAGGAUAUCUUUAUGGUGCACCUGAGACCUAUUAAGACCGAUGAGGAUCUUCCAAAACUAGCUCAAAAACUCGCUGCAUUGACUCCAGGAUUUUCGGGUGCAGAUGUUCAUAAUGUCUGUAACGAGGCUGCAUUGAUCGCUGCUAGACAUAAUCAGGAAACCGUGACAGGGGCUGACUUUGAGGCUGCGAUCGAACGUGUGAUUGUAGGUCUUGAAAAGAAGUCUAAAGUGCUCUCUCCUGAGGAGAAGAAGACAGUUGCCUAUCACGAGGCUGGACAUGCUGUCGCAGGAUGGUAUCUGGAACAUGCUGAUCCUCUUCUUAAGGUGUCGAUCAUUCCCCGCGGAGUUGGAGCUCUCGGAUAUGCUCAAUAUUUGCCAAAGGAUCAGUAUCUGUACUCGACACAACAAUUAAUGGACCGCAUGUGUAUGACUCUUGGUGGUCGUGUCUCUGAGCACAUAUUUUUUGGUAUUGUAACCACUGGAGCCCAAGACGAUCUCCAGAAGGUCACAAAGAUGGCUUAUGCACAAGUUGCCACCUAUGGUAUGGAUCCAGAGCUUGGACCUUUGUCUUACGGAAACCAGGAUAACAAAGAGCAGUUUACAAAGCCCUAUAGUGAGCAAACUGGUCAGUUGAUUGAUAAUCAAGUACGUGCCUUAAUUGGCACGGCAUUCCGUAAGACCACUGAUCUACUGACAGCGAAACGAGCGGAUGUUGAGAAGGUAGCCCAGUUGUUGAUGGAAAAGGAGGUGCUGAACCGUGCAGACAUGGAGCGUCUUCUCGGAAAGAGACCUUUCCAGGAUAAGUUGCACGAAUUGCUAGGUACAGAAGUAACGCCCCAAGAUGAGAAAUAUCUCAAGCCGACAAUCGAAACACCACCCUCGUCCUCGUGA